AUGUCCGGUAACCCACCGUGCAAACGGAAAGAGGACACCAACCACUCGGUGGGGGUAGUGGGGGGAACGCCGGGGGGACCGGCAGCGGCGGCAGCAGCGGCCCUGGCGGCAGUUCAUGUGUCGUCGGCGGCUGGUUCGGUCGCGCCCCCCACAGUCACCCACUUGAGCGCAUCCAAAAGCCAGAGCCAGACGAAGAAACCCCGCCUGGUGUUUACCGACCUUCAGCGACGUACUCUGCAAGCUAUUUUUAAGGAGACAAAGCGGCCCUCGAAGGAGAUGCAAAUCGCCAUCUCGCAGCAGCUCGGGCUUGAGCUCAGCACCGUGGGUAACUUCUUCAUGAACGCCAGACGGCGCUCGCAGGACAAAUGGUUGGACGACUCGGAGCAGCAACAGAUCAAGAGGGACGUGGCGGCGGUGGCGACAGUGGGCGGGGGUAGGCCACCUAGCGAGUUGCAUCAACAAAGCCAACAAGGCGCUACGCCUGCUGGAGCCCUAAAAGGGAUAACCGGCACACCAGCGGGCCUACUGCACAGCCACACCACAGCAACCGGCCAGCCUGCCGACCAUGACGGCGGCCUCGGACUGGAGGAUGAGCUAAUGCAUGGCCGGCACAGCAUGGGCCACGGGUUACCGCAGCAGCAUCUCAGCCUGCGGCACAACAUCAACCAGUGGUCUCCUUGGUAGCUUUAAGCGAAAUCGCGACGUCUGCAGCGACGCGCCUCCUGCCCUGUAGCGCCCCGCUCGCCUUCCUUCUCCUUCUCCUCCUCUAUACGCCUCUGCGUCACGCGAUAGUUACAACAUGCCCCUAGAUCCUUCGCCACGCGUCCGCCACGUUCGGUUUGUUAUGGCUCGAACGACCACGAGAUGCGCGGAACAAACACCCGGUCACCACGCUGAUCAGUCGCUGCUGCUGUUUCUAUAACUACCAUCACUGCUUGAUAUGUGUUCUUAGAAAUACCGUAACCGCAGCCACUACAAUAGGAAACAAGAAAAUGCGCAGUUUGCCACCACUGAAAAUCAGAGAAACAUCAGAUCCGAUGCAUCGCAGUGUAUCGCACGAAUGUUGAAAAUGUAAUUGGACUUUUUGUAUGGAUAAUGAGUCGUUUAGAUGCAAUCAAUGCAAGACGAACUCAUGAAGCUGCAUAUAUAUAUAUAUGUAACCCCUCUCCCGUCCAUAUCAUAACACAGAUGACAUUGAAGCUGGCUUACCGAUGGUGUCCGUGAUAGGGGAGACGCAGAGGCGCAACGGUCCGUGCGUGUGUCAACCGAUGAAUGAUUUUGAGUGCGUGUACACAGCUGCUUGUCAGACGUUUGUCUGCCAGGCUUGCCACCACGCGUUCGGAACAGCCAUGUUGUGUGUCCACUGCGGACCGCGCAGUGUUGCCUCGAUGUCCCAUCUGCUCAGCGAGUGCGCGAGCUUUCGAGAAGUAAAGGAUCUUCACGACUGUUGCAGACGCAGCCCAAAAGAUUUAGGUUCAUUCAGGUGACAACUCUCUCCAUAGACAGAUAUGUCAAUAGAUGUAUGUAUGGUUGAUUUGAAUUGAGCGAAAGCUGAUCUUGUUGGCCGAGCUAUGGGGCGCCGUCGAUGUAACGGUCAGUGGGUUACGCAGGUUGUCGUUAACGCUUCACUAUUAGCAGGCAAGAACAAUAGCGACGAAAGAAGACUGUCACAGUGAACUGAUCGUCACAUAGACGGUACCCCAUAUACAACUGUCUCCGGCUUUCGUUCGAGAUCAAGAUGAGCCGCAAGUCAUAUGGAAUUUAUACGGAAUCGAUCGCAGUAAAAGCAACACGCAAAUAAUAACGUCAACGCAAUAACGAGAGACAACUGAUUGAAUGGUGAUAACAAUGAUGCUGAUGCCGAUGAUGAUGAUAGUAAUUAUUGAUCAUUGUUGAAUUAUAAUGGUAAUGAAAUAGGCGGACGAUUAUGAUGAUGAUGACGAUGACGGUGACGGUGAUGGUGUUUAUUAAAGAUUUAUGAGAUGAUGUGUUGCCACCCUUCGAGGGGCUUUCUUGCCCAAAUCUAGUCAGGUACGUCCCCGGUUGGAGAAGUGAGAAGGCUUAGCAGCAGCAAAAAGCAGAAGCAGCAGCGCCCGCUGCUGCCGGUCUACUGCUCGACUACGAGAGAUAGACGCAGGCAGACAACCAUCGACCUAUUCAUUCGUUCCCUCAGGCAGGUUACCUCCGGACGGACAAGGUGAGCGGAGACAAACCAGGUUGUACUAGGUAGCAAGCCAAUUGCAACAGCUGAGGACUGAUCGGAAAGAAACUAACAACAGAGAGAACGAGAGAAAUGAUGCGCGAAAGAAGAUUAGGCAGAGAAAAAUAAUCACAAACUCUGGAUGAGACAGAAAAACUGCGUUUAGAGUGUCUAUUGAAUAACACAACCAUAUACUGUAGAGUACUGACAAGGGCGCAUAUAUGUAUAUAUAUAUAUAUAUAUAUAUAUAUAUAUAUAUGUGAGAGAUCGAAAAAUAGUACGACGCUAAUAUUCCGAAGACGAAAACGAUAAGGAUGGUGGUUAUAAUUGAUAAUCACUCAUCGGAAUAGAUCCUUCGUCUGCCUUCUCCGGACUGAUCGACCCACACCCGAGUUUGCUACCAGAACGAUCCACCUAAAUUCUGCUGUACGAUCAAUCGUCGAAAUAAAUAAUAACUAGUAGCUAUGGGUUUUCUAGCUCCACAUAUGACUAACAUCUUCCCUACUCUCUAAUUUGAACGUCGAAGUAAAGGAUAGGAAAGCACCGUGAGACCAAAAUUCAUAAUGAAAACGACGUAGGAAAAGAACUCAAGGACACAGGACAAAUAACUAGAUUUUAAAACAAAUGAUCGGUGCUGUCUGUGUUGUCGGCCAGCAUUGAAAAGUUGCAACGAUGCUGGAUUCUAUCUUUCGACGCUUGAUGACCGCCAACUUUGAGGAUUGCUUCGAAUGCCGGUCGGGACAGAGGCCAAUCUCUACGCAUGAGAAAGUUGCGCUGCCUAAUUGUCCGUAGUUGAGAACGCAGAGCUGGCAGGCGAUACGCAAGCGAGCCAGUUGCCUGAAGGCAAACAUCCUGCCUUUCUUCUUCUUCUAGCAGCCCGGCAAAGGAAACUCAGUGUUAGC